AUGCGGGAUCUUCGCAUCUGCUUCGUCGGCGACAGCUACAUCAAUGGAACAGGGGAUGAACGCUGUCUUGGAUGGACCGGCCGCCUGUGCGAGCGACGGUUUUCCUGGGACUACCGAUUGUCCUUCUAUGAUCUCGGCAUCCGCGGAGAAACGACGGCGGAGGUUCGCGCCCGCUGGAAAGCAGAAUGUGAAGCCCGCUUUCCCGAGACUGCCGACAACCGGGUCGUCGUCCAGUUCGGCAUAAACGAUAUUGGUGUUGUGACCGGGGAAGGCCGUCAGAUCGAGGAAGAUGAAACGGUGGAAGAAGCGGAAGCCUUCUUGAAGGAAGUUUCAGAUCUCUAUCCGGUCCUGUGGGUCGGUCUGCCUCCGGCAAACGAGGCUUGUUCGCCCAUGAAACCGAGUGAGGGGCUGGAGGUUUCGUUUUCGCAAGAUGCCGCCACAGCACUGAACGAACGGUUCAAGACAUGUGCCGAAAAACUGAAUGUUCCCUAUUUCGAUCUUCAGGCGCCGCUGCUGGCCAAUCGGGAUUACAUGAGCAGUCUGACCCGGGGCGACCGGAUGCACUGCGACGGAACCGGGUAUGCGAUGAUUGCCAAUCUUGUCAAUAACUGGGAGGCUUGGGACGGCUGGUUUUCCGAAUAG